AUGGACGUCAACACUAGUAUUCGGCAGAGGCUGCUCAAAGUCGAGGAGCGUUUCCUCUUGGCUGUCGCAGCCGGAUCGGAUGCACUUGAAGACUUCAAUUCUUUCUGGACGACGCUGUCUCACGAUGCUGGGAUUACCCUGCAGUCCUCCGACGUUGACGACCAGCUCAAAUCUCUGAUGAACGCGACUUCUUGUAGGAUCGCCUUUCUGGCUGAAAGCUGGUGUCAAUUAGAAGAGGUUGAGUGCCAAAACAAGUCUACUUUGAUGGACGAACUGGAUGCGCUUUUUUCCCAGUCGGUGUUGGAGGACGUACCGCGACAGGCUUACACUCUCCAAGGCACAAGUGAUUUCGCAGCAACUCACGAAUAUGACCACAAUACCAUAUCCUCCUCCUCUCUUGACAGUUCGUUGCCUUACAGGGAUAUCGAGUCCGAUGUCCAAUCCUCUGUGGAGUCGAAUGACGCAUUUGUCUCGAUUAAUGCGGAUAUGCCUGACCUGCCAGACUUUGUAGCGUCACCAGGGGAUACCGCAAAGUCUGCAGUCCGACAUCUGAGACAGCUGUCCUCAUCUCCCGUAUCUCGCACACCGUCUCUCGUUUCAUGCUCUUCGUCUGACGAAAGUGACGAUGAGGAUAUACCUCCGGAGCCUAUAGCAGGUCGCAAGCGAAGCAGCAGCGCGUUGAACGACAAGGAAGAUGUUGGCACAUCCAGUGACGCUCCAUGCAAAAAAAUCCGGUCCGAGCGCAGAACAACUUACUCACUUUACGAGACGAACAUCGGUUCAUUUGAUUUCCUUGGCCCAUCUCUUCUAAAGCCUGAGAUCACAUCGGGCGAUUCCCUACCCAGCAAAUUAUCCAAAAGUUUCCAAGGUUCACUCGCAUCCUGUAUUCGCUGUAUACCUCCAGCGGAGCCGAACGCAAGUCUGCUGAGUGUAGACAUAUCGGAGACGCCCGUCUCUCCUACCACUCUGCGAAGAAAGCGCCGGCUUUCAGAUGGGGGUACGGACGUCCAGCCAUUUAAACGACGUCGAGGCCCGCGUGCCUCUCCUCGGCCACAGACAGUCUCGGAUCCGUUGCCAAUAACAAGUGUGAAUUACGAACAAAAUUUCAGCAUUGAUCGGUGGUUCGAGUCAAAUUUCGAUGUACCGGAACCGAUAUCGAUAUCAGUAUUAAGCCCAUCUACUCCAGUGGAUAUACGCCUGUUCGACGAUUGGAGCUCGGUGAAUACUGGUUCGCAGUGCGACCUAUCAUUACCGGCGUGGCAGAGAUCGAUUCCCGCUGUUGAUGACAUACUGUUACCCGCGGAUGUUCCUCUGCAUGGUGACCUUUCAAUUCCGACAGGCCUAUCCCCAGAUCUUUCUUCAAGUGGAGAUGACGCUGCGGACAUUUUGAAACUCGCGAUAAACAGCCUAUCGUCGGCAACUGUCAAUAGUAGUGAAGAUGUGGUUAGAUUCGACUUUGAAGAAAUUCCUCCCUCUCCACCUGCUGAGUGUCCUGCGGUUUCUCGUCAAUCGAUAGACGUAUCUGGCAUCAUUCCUGAUUCGACGCACUCAGUGAACUCGUCGUCAGAGCCAGACAUAUUUUCAGUGGACGGGUAUUCGCCGUCGAAUUCGAGUGUGGCACCUGCAUCGCGGUCCUCUCGCAGCACUCCGCCUCCUCUGUACAUCGCACCGCCAUCAUUUACCGACGGCGUAGAUGCAAGUCCAUUGGCGUCUGCGACGUGGGACCAGUACUGGGACCCAUACUGGGAUCCUUUCGAGGAGCUGGCGGAUGCUGCGCUCCAGGGACCUCCUCCGCCCUAUCACAGAUUCGCGAGUAUCUGGGAAGAAGUGAAGAUAUCAGAAUCGAAGGUGUCUGACUAUACCAGUCUUUUUUCGGGUGACAAUUCUUCCCCCGCCGAGGCUCCACAGUGUUCGCAGCCUACACCCGCGAAGCUGAAAAAAUGUGAGGACAAAACUGGCCGGAUAGAAGCUGUCAGAGAGGCUGCGGAGGCAUGA